CGCUGCAAGACGAGGCUCCAGGACCAUCACAAAGACUCGUCCGAGCCGCAGCGAGCAGCACAACAGAGACGAUGGGAUUUUAAACUGAAAACCGAACAUGAACGCAGACUUGUAGUUCUUUGUAUUUCUAACCAAAACGCGCGUGCUUCUCCGUGGAACAACUUUACGCUUUUUGCUCUGGAUGCUGAGAUGCGCAGAAAGUGACGGGGGUCCUCAUCUCUUCUACAGUCCUCAACGAGUUAUAAAACGCCAUGAAAGACGACUUUGCAGACGAGGAGGAUGUACAGUCUUUUGGAUACAAGAGGUUCGGGAUUCAGGAGGGCACCCAGUGCACCAAGUGUAAGAAUGAAUGGGCGCUGAAGACCUCCAUAGCUCUGCUCUAUGUGCUGUGCACCCUCCUCACCAUCGCUGUUGCUGUGCUUGGAUAUAAAGUGGUUCAAAGAGUCGACAGCGUGUCUGAAGGCAUUGCAAGUUAUGGAGGAAAGAUAAUUGAUGUUGAGACUGAUUUGAAAAAGCUAGGUGAUCAAACAGGGGAGAAGUCAGAGAAUACCACCACAGAAAUCCAGGCUUUUAAGAACAACAUCUGGACUCUCCAGAGGCAGCUGUCUGCGGUGGAAGAACGCAUCCGCGGCGAUCAAGUUAAGCUGAUUCAGCUGCAAAACAUUGGCUCAGACAUCCAGGGCAGCCAGGGCUCCAUUCAGGGAGUGCUGAACAGCAACACGGCCACCUUACGCUCUGUAAAUGGCACCCUACAGUCUUACGGCAGCAUCAUUAGGGGCCUGCAGGACGACACGGCCAGGUUGCAGCGAGAGCUCCAGCAACAGGUAAAACUCCAAAACCAGGCGCUGCUCAGCAUCAGCAGCCUCAACCUCACUCAAGCCCAGCAGAGAGGCCUCAUCGCCACUCUGCAGCGCUCAGUGGAGGGCACCAGCCAGGCUGUCCAGAAAGUGCGUAACGACUUUCAGAGUCUCGACCAGACAAGCCGACAGACGCGCUCUGAUACAGAGUGGCUGCGUAGUAAAGUGGACAACCUUCAGAUCAUGGCCAGUAAUACCUCAGCUCUAGCUAAGGCCAACAACGACAGCCUGGAGGAUGUGGGGACCCAGCUCGCUUUCAUGAACAACCAGCUCCAGAACACCAGCAGCCUGGCUAACGCUCACGACCAGACUCUGAGGGAGAUCAUGGACCAGCAGAGGGACUUUGGCAACCUCACGUCCACAAAGUUUGACCGGCUGGAGGUGCGGCUGGAUGAGUUGGAGCAGAGCAUGGACCGCGUGACAGGCAACAUCAGCUUCACCACGCAGCUUCUGGGUGCCAUCAACCUUAACCUGAACGAUAUGCGCACUUGUUCCGAGACAGUUGGACGGCACUCGGACUUCCUCUUAAACCUCAACAGCAGCGUGACAGACAUGAGGACAGAUACGACCAGUCUGAGGUCCCAGCAGGAAGAGCUGGCGGCACGUUUGGACAAGGAGGUCACCAGCCUUUCCAUUGUCAUGGAGGAGAUGAAGCUAGUGGACACCAAGCACUCGCAACUCAUAACCAACUUCACUAUUUUACAAGGUCCUCCCGGCCCCAGAGGGCCACGAGGGGACAAAGGAUCUCAGGGACCACCAGGUCAGACGGGCCAAAAGGGAGAGAAGGGAGAAAAGGGAGGUCCAGGGAUAAGAGGACCCAGAGGGGAGCAGGGCAGUCCAGGACCACCGGGUCUUCCAGGCUUAAAGGGCCUCCCCGGUAUACCUGGGAGCCCCGGAUCCAAGGGCUCCCGAGGGUCAGGAGGAAGGGCUGGACCCCCAGGAAGUAAAGGAGAGCCAGGAAGCGCCGGUCUGCCGGGAAGAGAUGGACAGCCUGGACCUCAAGGGGCGCAGGGCCCACCAGGUAUCCGUGGCCCAAUUGGACCAGCUGGUGAGCAAGGACCCAGGGGACUGCCAGGACCUGUAGGGCCUCAGGGGCCAGUAGGACCACCAGGUCUACCAGGAAUGUCAAUGCAGCAUUCAGUCAUUCCUUUCGGACCUGUGUCUCUGCAUGAUGAGGCAGUGGCUCCUACGCUGUGGGCUCCAGGAUGCCCCUCCGAAUGGCUAAACUACAGAGACAAGUGCUACUUUUUCUCCAAGGACCUCCACAGUUUUGAUGACGCGAAAACAACGUGUGGAUCAAAGUCUUCUUCGUUACUGAUCAUCAGUGAUAUGGAGGAACAGAAAUGGCUGAAGAAGCAGAUCUCUGGAAAGGGUUACUUCUGGAUGGGUCUGACCGACAAGCAGGAGGAGAACAAAUGGCUCUGGCUGGAUGGAACUGAACCUGCUUUCACAAACUGGAAGCCUGGUCAGCCUGACAACUGGGGCCAUGGCAAGGAAGAGGGAGAAGACUGUGCAGGUCUCAUCCAUGAAGGGUUAUGGAACGAUUUCUUCUGUGAAGAUCUCAUAAGCUACAUCUGUGAGAAGGAAAUGGAGACCUCAAACUCGCAGCCGUUAUAGCGAAGUGUUGGAAGCGAGCGCGCAGUGAGCAGCUAGACUUCACCCACGUGGCUCUGGUCCACAAACUCAGCACAUGGACAGUUCGUACGGAGAGAGGAAAGGGACAAUUUUUUGAAAUGAGCCCAGCAGCAAACGUCUCUCCGAUGCCGAUGAGGUGCCUUUCUCCUCCAAAAAGUGAAGCCAGUCCAUCAUUACCAGCAAGUGCAAUACAGCAGGGCGACCAAAGAAGAAGAAUCAGUGUUUUUUUAUUUUUUUUUAUUUUAUCUAUUUCUUUUAUUACCAAAUCACCAAUUGAUUUAUAGGAAUAUUUGUAAUGUUCUUUUUAUUUUAAAUGCAUUUUAUAAAUCUGUACUCCACGUACAACUGAAUAUCUGAAUGUAUAUUUCAUUAUGCUUUGUAAGUUUUGUAGGAAAAUAUAAAUUCUAUGAAGCCAAAUGGACUUACCGUAAUGCUUUUGUACAUGUAGCUGUCUUUAAAAAGAGAAUAAAAGGUGCAAAAUGAUGCGCAAAAAACAUAAAGUCGCUGACAUGCUAUCUUCAAGGAUCUAUUAUCUAACCACAUGAAUGUCUAUGUAACAUUUAUCAGGAACAAAGUAAAGCAUUUAUACAUGAGAAAAAAAAUAUGUCACGAUCAGCUGGAGUCUUGGUUAACGAGUUUACAGUUUGGUACUUUAUGUAUGAUUUAUGUCUCACUAAUACAGACACGUUAGUAAUCCGUGCUUUUUUCUGCACUCAGGUAUUUCACAACAACAGCUACAAAUAACUGAAGAAAAAUAAACUCAGAAAUAAAUCUGUAAAACCUAA